AUGCUCACGAUGAAUAACGCAGCUGCAGCCAAUACGCUCGGUGGCAUCACCUUCUCCGAUAUCAGCGGAGCCACUGGGGCAGCCGGACCGGGCACGGCUGGCCUUCAAUUGGUACAGCUGAGUCAAGUUAUGCCAGACCCGAACUCGCAGCAAUUGUUCAUGCAAAGCUUGCAGCAGCAGCUAACCGGGGGCACGCCAGCAAUACAGGUCAUUCCGAUCGGAGCUCUCCCGCAACAGACAGUUGCCUUAGCACAAGGUCCUCCAACUGGUGCCACAAUACAGGCCGCUCCACAGCAGCAACAGUUUGUACAGUACACAAUGGACGGACAGACAGUGCUCUAUCAAGCACUUGCUGCACCGGAAACCGCCUAUCAGAGCGUGAAUCUACCCAUCGUGCAACUUCCGGCGACCCAAACGAUAGGUACCGCUGGUACAGUACCUACCUACGGGAACAUCUCCAACUUGCAAGGUGCUCCCGUCACAUUCACGCAGAUUCCCACGGCAACUGUCACUCAAGCCAUUCCGCAGCAUCAUCAGCAGCAUAUCCAGCAACAUCCGCAUCAUCUUCAAACGUCGGCCACUAUCGAUGCGAGCGCAUUUCAGAACAUCGUCUCGGCACCGGUCACAAUUACACCUACCGCAGCCGUCGUGCCGGUCUCGCAACCACAAAUCCCGAUGACCACACCCGUUACCACGGUCACGAUCGGUCAAAAUCCGCAGGCUGCUGUAGGAGCGGUUCAGGGAGGUACCAACAGCAGCAGCGAUAAUAAACAUGCUUCAACAACCAGCAACAACACACCAGCCGUGACUACGGAAUGCACACCCACCGUAGUAGGAACGGCAUCCGGUUCCGGCACGGAGAUGGAUCAGGAACCGCUGUACGUAAAUGCUAAGCAGUACAAGCGCAUUCUGAAACGACGACAGGCUCGUGCCAAGCUAGAAGCGUUGGGCAAGAUACCGAAACAACGACCAAAAUAUCUUCACGAAUCGAGACACCGACAUGCGAUGAACCGGGUUCGAGGUGAAGGUGGUCGGUUCCAUUCGAAAUAA